UACAAUAUGGUGGUUUAUCAUCAAUCUAGCAGCCAAUCUAUGCCGGGCAAGCUCGGAUCAGGAGUGGCUGCCUUAUCGAUAUGCUUCUUCUUCUUCUUCUUGCUAUUGGUGUCAAAUGCUGAUGCUGCUGGUCGUCCAAUCAACAUGGGAAAGCAAUAUUCCAAUUCAAGUCAUGACCAUCAGCUUUCUCGGAUGAGGGGUCUUUCUGCAAAUGGACUCGGUCUCGCACCACCCAUGGGAUGGAAUAGUUGGAACCAUUUUCACUGUAAAAUUGAAGAGAAAUUGAUUAGGGAAACAGCGGAUGCAAUUGUUUCAUCUGGCCUUGCUGCUCUAGGAUAUGAACACGUAAAUUUAGACGAUUGCUGGGCUGAACUUAACAGGGACUCUGAGGGAAACUUGGUUCCAAAAGCUUCGACGUUUCCCUCGGGAAUAAAAGCGUUGGCAGAUUAUAUGCAUGGAAAAGGGUUCAAGCUUGGAAUAUACUCCGAUGCUGGGAGUCAGACCUGCAGUAGAACAAUGCCUGGGUCAUUAGGCCACGAGGAAAAAGAUGCAAAAACGUUUGCUUCCUGGGGAGUGGACUACUUGAAGUAUGACAACUGUAACAAUGAUGGUACAAGCCCAAAGGAGAGAUAUCCAGUAAUGAGCAAGGCCUUGUUAAAUUCUGGAAGGCCCAUCUUCUUUUCACUGUGUGAAUGGGGGCAGGAAGACCCAGCAACUUGGGCAUCGAAUGUUGGAAAUAGUUGGAGAACAACAGGAGACAUUUCUGAUAACUGGGAUAGCAUGACAUCCCGUGCAGAUCAAAACGAUCAAUGGGCGUCUUAUGCUGCACCUGGAGGUUGGAACGAUCCUGACAUGCUUGAAGUUGGAAAUGGAGGCAUGACAACAGAGGAAUAUCGCUCACAUUUCAGCAUAUGGGCGUUAGCCAAGGCUCCUCUUCUCAUUGGAUGUGAUGUUCGAACUAUGAGUGAUGAAACACUUGAAAUAUUAAGCAACAGGGAAGUUAUUGCAGUUAAUCAAGAUAAGCUUGGAGUGCAGGGGAAAAAGGUUAAGAAUAAUGGAGAUUUAGAGGUGUGGGCUGGCCCUCUUAGCAAUAAUAAGAUAGCGGUGGUGCUAUGGAAUAGAGGUUCCUCAAGAGCUACAGUUACUGCUUACUGGUCUGACAUCGGCCUUGAUUCAACGACUACUGUCAAUGCUAGAGAUUUAUGGGCGCACUCUAAUCAGCCAUCAGUUAAAGGACAGAUAUCAGCUGAUUUGGAUUCCCACGCUUGUAAAAUGUAUGUCCUACUCCCCAGUAGCGAUCACAUUGCUGUGAUCGGAAUGCAUGGAAGAGCUGGCUAGAAGAAAGGAAGAGCUGGAGAAAGAGGAAAAGAGUUGAAUUGGAGCCGCAUUCACUGUAUUAGCUCCUUUGCCUUGCGUGUUUAAAUAAAUAGUUGACCCGUUUCAUGGACUUUUUUGUUGUGUAUCAAUUUCUUUAUUUUACUUUGUUAAAAUUUAUUAGUUUGAUGUGUUUUUUUAUUACUAGUUUCUAUCAUAGACAAUGAGAUUGUCCU